AUGACGCGGGUUGACGUCGGUGAGAGGAGCAGCAGAGUGGAGAAGCAAAGAGAGGAGCAGGAGGAAAGAGCAGCAGAGAGGAGAAGAGAAAGUAGUGCAACAGAGAGGGGAAUGAGCAGCAGAGAGAGCAGAGAAGUGAGAGGAGCCACAGAGAGUGAAGCAAAAGAGAGACAGAGAAGGGAGCAGCAGAGAAGGGAGCAGCAGAGAAGGGAGCAGCAGAGA